AGAGCGUUGUGUUCUUCUCCGUAGACUUUUCUGAUACGAAAAAUAUCCAAGUAAUUUAAAUAUUCAUUUUUUUUCUGCUGCGUCUUCUUCUUUCUCAGUCUUUUCAAAUUCCAAAAUCCAGCGCAUGGAAUGCCACCGACAAGGGUUUUCAACAAAAUAUUCUGUUGAAAAUUAAGAGUCCAUUCCCGGACAAUUUAUGUCAUAUGAAGAUGAAAUAAAGUCUAGAAAUAUACUUCGAUAUUGAGAAGAGACCUGCGUUCGGAAAAUUCCCUGUUGUGACUCAAAGUGAUACAGGAGCUUUCACAAGUGCAAGUGAUCAAGUAACUGGCUCUACUGGUUAUCUUUUCGUUUUAAUUAUAGUAUAAUUUAUCGAAAACCAAAGAGAGAAUGCACCUUAUAAAUAAAACAAGAAGAUUAGUCAUAGAAUCAUUACAAAGAAGACUUCUCUGAACAUGAUUCAUAUUACGAUAGAUGCCUUUUCGUUUCCGGGACUUGAUACUUUCUUUGUAAUGCGGCCUGAAUGACCGAGUCAGAAUGAAAGAAUGACCUUUGAACAAAAUUGUAUAUACCAAGGAACACUUUCAUUUAGAAGCGAUAUAUGAUAUUACCUCUCGCCUUAAUUAUUAUUAUCAUUAUUACUAUUAUAGUAGUAACGAGUGACCGAUCAUUUUUGCAUGACAAAUCAACGUACGAACUCACUCAUGUGGGGCUUAUUGCCUUCGCCUCUUAGUCCUCACAUGACCUGUAUCUUAACCAACAUAAGCUUGAGCCCUGCCUUAGAAGCCUUUGUUGCAACUCCUUUGACAUGGAAUCAUCAUAAAAAGGUCGAGUUAUGGUCACCUCCUUAUUUUAGAUCAGUCGUGAUCAUUAUCUUAAUAUGUUUCAUUUCCGCGGAAGCUCGAGGUCAUGUCGUUCGUUGUGCAAAUGCAAGUGCAAGUGCAAGAGCAAGGGGUCGUCUCUUUGCCACCACAGAAAAGGCCGUGAGCACAAUGGAGUCAGGCAUCAGAGGGAACUUGGAUUCUGCUCUUCAAAAGGUCACAUUGACGAGGCUGCCAAUGACUGGCACCCUUCAACUUGAUCGCAUCUCAGCAGACAGAAGCUUCGCCUGCAACAGGAAAUGUAGAAAGUUGAAGCGUGGAACUUCACACUCGACCUCCUGUUGUAAGAAAGAGUCUGUCAUGAAACCACUACAUUGCUCCAUUUCGAGGCGCGCCCUACUAUUCUUGCAUCGCAUUAUUAAUGCUGAGUAUUUUAUGGGUUCAUCUAGGAAACGAAUGAAACUACGUGAUCUUGAAUUUCAAAUUUACUUGGCAUUUUCUUAUUCCUCGAGCGACAUGGCAAAGCGCAAUGCUAGUAGUAACCGCAUGCAACUGCAAACCGUCGAAUCGAAUGCCUCGAUCACAAAGAGACUAGGAACUCUCUACCAUGAUAAAUUUGCUUCUGACGUCAACACGAGGGAAAUCUUUGGCCGUUCACGAAGGAGAAAGGACAAAGACAAAGGUUUCAGGAAUGACGAAACUAAAGGAGAGCUAUCACUUAGUACUCUUGAACUUACGCGGGAUAGGAAAAAAUAUGAAGUUGUAGUGAUAAAGAUUCUCCAGAAAUUAAACAAUAUGUGUAGGCUUAUCUUCUGUUCACUUUUGACUGAAAACCCCUCUUUGAAAAGGGCGAGAAAAGGAAGGGAAAGGAACAAAAACUCCGGGGAGGAGAAAAAAGAAAAGUUCUCUCGUGGUUUUCAUAAUUUAGGAAAAAUGAGUGUGGGGGACUUCUCAACACACUGUGCGCAAACCUUGCUCUCUAUAAACACGUCAAAUACUGCCAGCAACAAGCAGCAUUUGUUCGAAGAAGAAAGCUCUGCAAAUAUACCUUCACAGCUGACACGCCGUCAAAAAAGGAGAGCCGGCGGCAUGAUGGAAGUGACGGUGAUGGAGGGAGGGCUGGCAGAGCUGCCGUGCGACUUGCAAGUCAGUCACCCCAACGACUCUGUGCAACUCAUUCUCUGGAUUAAGGAAGGAAUCCACACCCCCUUGUACAGUUAUGACUAUCGGGAACUUCAAGGGGGCCGCCCGAAGGAGAUGAAACCCGAUGCGAACUCCACCAUGGCUCGAAGGACCUUCUUCAGGAGUGACAAAUCGACUGCUGCUCUCCUGGUUGAAAAGGUCGAGGCAGACGACGCCGGAAUCUACCGCUGUAGGGCGGACUUUUCUCUUUCUCCUACCAUUAACACAAGAAUCAACUUGACAAUUAUAGUUCCUCCUAGAAGAGUAAGAGUUUCCUGGAGGUUGGAGGGAUCCGAUAAGACGAGAGCUAAGGAUCGCAAAGCUGGACCGUUUCUCGAGAAGAGCCGACCAACUUUAAUCUGCUCUAAUGAUGACGGCUGGCCGCCCUCAUCAGUAGUCUGGUAUGAAGAUGACACUCUGCUGGAUGAUUCAUAUAGAAUCAGUGAUGCCAGAGGCCUCGUGGAGAAUGAGAUGACGCUUCGACCACUGACUAGGAGCGAUCUUGGUCGACAGCUAACCUGCCUUGCCAGCAACAAUAAUAAUACUCAACCAGCUAAUAUUACUGUUCUUGUUGAGAUGACUUUAAGCAUCUUAGGCGUGAGAGUCGGAGAAAUGGAACAAAUGUGGGCUAAUGAGGAGACCAAAGUGGAGUGCACAGUCUGGGGAUCACGUCCACCACCUACGAUAGUGUGGUGGCUUGGUUCUCACGUGAAAGGCCCUGCUGUUGAGACGAUGGUGGAUGAAGGUAACUGGACCAUAUCCUUGCUGUCAUUCACACCAACACCGAACGAUGAUGGGGUAAUGCUUAUUUGCCAAGCCACAAACGACAACCUACCAGACAUGGCCAUCCAAGAUUCAACUCUUCUCUCCGUACAUUAUGCACCUAUUGUAAGAAUACGGCUUGGACCUUCCCUUCACCCCGAGUUUAUCAAGGAGGGAGACGAUGUCUAUUUUGAGUGCGCUGUCAAGGCAAAGCCACAGGUAUUCAAGACUGUAUGGCGUCAAAAUGGCCAAGUUAUGACUGAUGGUGACGGAGUGUUCAUCUCCAAUAUGUCCCUCGUCAUUCAGAGAGUCACUCGAGCUCACGCUGGAGAAUACAGCUGCGAAGCAACGAACAUCAAGAGUACUACAACUUCUCCACCCAUUAACCUUGACGUCAAGUACACGCCUCUUUGCAUACAGGAGGGAAAAAAUUACUUUGCUGUUGCCAGAAGGGCGAAUGUUAUUGUUCCGUGUAAGGUCACUGCAAAUCCGUCUGAUGUGACCUUUAACUGGGUGUUCAACAACUCAGCAGGGGCCAACCGCAUCCCUGACGAUCAGUUUAUUGUAGUUGAAAUGGAGUCCAGAAUCAGCUAUACGCCCAGAGAUGAAAUGGAUUAUGGCACCUUGCAGUGUUGGGCCAACAACACCAUCGGUAUGCAGAGUGAACCUUGCAUGUACAAGAUUAUCCCUGCUGGAAAACCUGACCCUCCGCACAACUGCGGCGUUUCAGCUGUGACAAUCAGUUCGCUGCAGGUGGUCUGUUUGCCCGGUGACGACGGAGGACUCAAUCAAACGUUUCUACUUCAGGUGUUCCAAAUUGGCUCAGAACAGAUACCAGUUGGAGAAGUGAAGUCAGAGACGCCCAAUUUCAACUUGGCCAACCUCCGGCCUGCAACGCCCUAUAAGAUAGUCGUAGUUGCCACGAACACCAUGGGCACCUCCAGGGUCAUUGAGCUGAAAACCUUCACGUCACGAGUUCUGGAAAAUCAGCAGGAAACUAAUGCAGAAGCUGCACGCGAUCGAGAAAAGGAAAUGGGAAUCCCUGCGUUCGUGCUCGUAGGUGGAGGAGUGAUGUUGGUUCCGCUCAUCGUCGUUAUAAUUGUGGUUGUUCGGCUGGAAGUGCGUCGGCAUUCCCACAUGCGAGGAAGAAAUGAUCAGGGUGGGAGGCCGUCAUCCGCACACCCUAUGGACACUCCUUACACUGAAUUUGCUUACGAGAUCUCUGCGGACAUCGACGAAUGCGAUCCUGACAUCCUCUCUCAUACACAAGGUGUCACCAGGCCACUGCACUGGAGCAAUGUCGGGGCAGAUAUUGCAGGGUUGUCGACCAGCGCGUCUAACCAUCUAAGAGGAGGCUCCCUCUACGCGACUGCUCUCGCACCUCCAGUCUCUCUUCCGAUCAUGGGUCUUUCCCGCGGUCGCACUCCUGGACUUCCAGUAUUGCAUUCUAAAGUCAUCUCUGAACCAGACGUACAUUACUGCAUGGAAACUCAUCAGACUCAGGAUGUUGCAAAAGUGGCCGUUUUGUCCACCUCUUUUUACAUUAAUGGCAAAGGAAAUCUGGGAAAAAGCGUCAGCGUCCAAAGCCUCCAUCAUCCGAAAUGCGAAGGUUCCCAGCAGCUGUGCAGACUGUUUUCUCAUAAAGCCAAUUCAACCUCUCGACACCUCAACGAAAGUCCUAUGCGUGGACUCCCAUAUAACCUUGAAGACAGAAUGGGUCCGAAACUUUCAGACAACUGCCAGACUUUCCUCCAUCCCCAAAGGAUUAUUCAAAAGAGUAUAUCGAAGAUUAAGAACGAUAAUAGACCUUUAUCUUCCUGUAGAGUAGGUAGAUCUUCUACGAAAAAGUUAUAUCCUGCGACUCAUACGGAUAUAGGAACGGGGCUAAACGCUGAUGGAAUUCCUAGAAUUGGCACAGCUUUGCUGGCAGAUCUACCAAAAGUCGAGAGCUGUGUCUGAGAAGUAUAAUUUGAUUUUUUUUAAAGGUCCUAUGGGAUAAAAGUAUUUUCCUUAGAUGCUAAUGAAAUAAGUUUAAGUAAUCAAGGCAGAGCUUGCAACAGGAAUUAUAAUAUUAAUUAUGAAGAGUUAUCUGUUUUCAUUUGUUAUUUAUUGAAAACUCGGGCUGUGUGAAGGGCAAUAUUACUUUCUAUUGUAAAUCUGUUAGUCUUUUAUAAUGAAAUAAAGACCAAAUGUGUUCUUGUUUUACUUCAUACCUUGAGGUAUGGAGUCGAGCAGAAUCGUCGUUUAUGGCCAAUCCUUGUGCUCAAAUAGCAAGUGUGAUAGUCUGGCAUCCACGGUGACUGGGACUUCUCUAGCUACUUUCUGAUAUAUACUCAUUUUCUACUCAUUCGUAGCAAGUGAUUAAGUGAAUGAAAGAAGGUUGGGACUCAACUCAAGAAAAGUAAUAUUCUGGAGUUUUAAAAUUCAUUUCAAAACCACCGUGAAGCUGAUGUAGAAGAAUGACGAAGACGGUGGAUUCGGAGUCCGCUCAUCUUCUCCGAUGGAAUGGUAUGAAAGGGUAAGUUAGUUAAUUGGGGCAUAACAGAUUCAUCCACCGAUAAUUCAUUUGAAAAUUGUUGGGGAAAUAGACAGAGGGUUCACCUUCAUAUCACUGCAUUGUUUGGUCAGCUUUAUUGUUUGUUUCCAUUUUUGUUUACAUAUUUUUGCCGAUUCACUCUGCUUAUCCAACAUUUUCAAUUUUUUGGUCUUAGUAAUCAUUCAAACUAUUUUAUAAAAUGCAUAACGUUCAAAUACGAAAGAAAUAUAAAGCCAUAUAUUUUCUGCCGCUGUCUGUAUAUAUUCCCAUUCUGUAUUCAACAGAUAUCUGAGUGUGUGUUGAUACAAUUAAGGUUUGAUGUUUAUUUGAAUAAAGAAUCACGACCAGAUUCAAAUGUGUUCUCUAACACAA